AGUUCAGAUUGUGUUCAUUUGCUCUCUGCGUUGGCUGGAGUUUACUCUCACAUACUCUGCUCUUUUAAAAAGAGAACAUGUCCAAGUUGUUGUUGAUCUCCACACUUUUGCUGUUCCUUGCCCUGGAGUGGAGCAGUUCCCAGUCUGAUUGUCCGUACCGCUGCCAGUGCUUCAGCCCAGUUCAGGUGCUGUGUGCAGAUGAACGUAUGUCAUCUUUACCCCGUAACAUGUCCCACCAAGUUCGAGAAUUCAUCCUGAUGACCUCCUCUGUCAGUUACCUUUUUUCCAACACUUUGGAAGACAGCCCCCAACUUUCCAAGCUGAUUUUCCUGAACAAUGCUAUCCGGAGCAUCCACGCACACUCCUUCAACCACCUCACCCACCUAGAGGUGUUGGAGAUCAGCGGGAAUCCUUGGCUGGAAAAUCUGUACUUGGGGACUUUUUCCAAGCAGCACAACUUGACUAAGCUAAUGCUAAACUACAACCGCUUCAAGACAGUGCUGUCGGGAAUGUUUGGAUCCCUCAGAAAACUGGACACUUUGCAAAUGAAAGGCAACAUUAUUUUGCAUCUUCCACCGCUGCUUUUCUCGAACUUGAGCCAUCUCAAAGUCUUGGAUUUGUCUCUAAAUAAAAUAGAAGUUGUUACACAGGAGACAUUUUUUGGUUUGGGUCAGUUGGAAAUUUUAAAACUAAACAAUAAUUUGUUGAGGAACCUUUCUUCUAACAUGUUAAGUGAUGUGCCUGCAUUGAAGGAGCUUCAUCUGGAAGGAAAUAACAUCACUGAGCUAAGUGAAAACAUCUUUACGAAUUUAACCGAACUGGAAGUUUUGAAUCUUAGGGGCAAUUUUCUAAAAACAUUUACGGGUCACAUUUUUGGAACUUUAAAUUUACGAGAAUUGAACAUAAAAGGCAACCAUCUUGGUGAUUUUUUUCCGCUGGGAAACUUUACAUCUCUUACCAACCUUGACUUAUCUUCAAAUAAACUCUCCACUCUUCACAAAGAAGUUUUUCAAAAUAUGACAAACCUUGACAUUUUGGACCUAUCUGACAACCACAUCUCCAGUUUGCCCGAGACCAUUUUCAAUGAACUUUUCGCCCUUAGAGUGUUAAAUUUACAAGCUAACAAUUUAAGCGUGAUCGAACCCAAGCUCUUCGGAGACCAAGCACUAAUCGAGCAACUUAACCUAUCCCACAACCGGCUGCAAACUCUACCAGAAGGACUGAUGGACACCUUCUCAAUGAACUACAUGUUACGACUGCACGGAAACCCUUGGAAAUGCGACUGCGGGUUGUGGUACCUUCACGACUGGAUUUUGCGGAACGAGCAAAGUGUUGAUAUGCUCGACAGGACGCUGUGUGAAAGCCCAGCAUUUCUAAACAGACGUACGCUAGAUUCUGUUGAGAAGGAGCGACUCGUUUGUCACAUGGAUAAAGAAAACACAGUCGAUGUAAGGAACUGUCUGCUGCAAGUGUCCGGCGACGCUGUGAUAAUCAAAUGUAAAGUGGAGACGUGUUUGCCGCUAACGGUGAAGGUUCAGCUCCAAGACGAACAGGGGAAUGUCAAAGAGCAUGUGGUUAGGAACGAAUGGACUCAAAGUGACCAGUGUAGCAAUAUGACUAUAGAGUAGAUUUCACUUUGUUUAUCUUGGUAGCAUAGACUGUAUAAAGAAGUGGACUAAGGGAGUGUGACGUCACCCGUAGAGUUCGGCUCCAGUGAAAUGAGGCUCAUCGAGGCUAGAGCAGUUCCAUGGGCGAAUUUGUAUCCAAGUUAAGACAAUCAAACAUGAUAGAUUUUUGAAGACUUUAUGGUUCAGAUGAGCAUUUAUAGAUAUUAACUGUGGCUUUGGUUAGAUACACACUGCAGAUCUGAUGUUUUGAGUAUUGACACUAUCAAAAUGGCAUGGAAACAGCAAGAUCAUCUAAUUUCUUUUGGAUUUUGGUCUCUCGCUGAUUACUCACAUUUGAUCUUGUGGUUUGCAUGUCAUUUAACUGAUCGUAGAGUGACAGAAAUCAGAUAACAAUCAGAUUAUGGUGUGCAUGUAAACAAAGACACUGAUGAAAGUACACAGUUCUAGCUUGGGUCGAAUUAAAAAUAACAUUUAAAAGGGCUAUAUUGCACAUUGCCAAUGCUUUUAAUCUCUUUUUAGUAGGGCAAAAUGGUGAGAUAUAUUGAAUUGUUAUCUCAUGAGCAUUCCUGCAAAAUGUUCUUUUGGUAAAAUCGACAAACGGCAAUGAAAUGUGAUGUUUCAGAAGAAGUAUAGUUAAGUUUAUAUUUGUUGUGACUGUGAUAAAACCUAUAAAAAUAAUAAUCCUUAAUAAUCCAAUAACAUACCAGUUCAUGUUUUUGUUGAGUAAUCCAGCAUUUUUUCAUGAAUUUAUCCAUAAAAAUCAGUUUACAGACGAUUCCUUUUUUAAUAGUGUCAUAUACUUAUACAAUGUUUUAACAAGGGUAUAUGGACUUCUCAGAUGAUAAAUAAAUCACUGGUAACAAGU